AUGAGGAGGAGUCGAGAGUGGAGAGGAGAGUGCCGUGAGCAGGAGGUAGGAGAACGGAGAUGGAGGAGGAGGUGAGAGUAGGGCACGGAGAUGGAGGAGGCAGUGAGAGUAGGAGAAGAGAUGGAGGAGGAGUGAGAGUAGAAAGAGAUGGAGGCAGGGUGGGUGGACGGAGACUGCUAAACUUUGGGAAUACAGGAUGAAGCCUACAUGUGAACUCAACUUCUGAUCUCUCUACUCUCUCUCUCUCUCUCUCUCUCUCUCUCUCUCUCUCUGUAUCUCUCUCUCUGUAUCUCUCUCUCUGUAUCUCUUUCUCUAUCAAAUCAAUGGGGCUUUAUUGCCAAAGCAAGGGAAAAAUACUAAAGUGAGAAGAAAACAAAAACACAUGAACAGUAAACAUGAAAACAUGAACAGUAAACAUUACACUCACAAAGGUUUCAAAACAUAAAGACAUCUCAAUUGGUACAUUAUCUGCUAAGUACAGUGUUGUAACAAUGUGCAAAUAGUUGUGUACGAAUAGAAGGGGAAGAUAAGUAUUUACAAUGUUUGUUCUUCACUGGUUGCCCUGUUCUCAUGGCAACAGGUCACAAAUCUUGCUGCGGUGAUUGCACACUUGUAUUUCACAUAACAGAUAUGGGAGUUUAUCAAUGUUUGAAACUCUUUGUGGGUCUGUGUGAUCUGUGGGAAAUAUGUGUCUCUAAUAUGGUCUCUCUCUCUCUCUCUCUCUCUCUCUCUCUCUCUCUCUCUCUCACUCUCUCUCUCGCUGUCUCUCUCUCUCGCUGUCUCUCUCUCUCUCUCUCUCUCUCUCUCUCACUCUCUCUCUCGCUGUCUCUCUCUCUCGCUGUCUCUCUCUCUCGCUGUCUCUCUCUCUCUCUCUCUCUCUCUCUCUCUCUCUCUCUCUCUCGCUGUCUCUCUCUCUCGCUGUCUCUCUCUCUUGCUGUCCACAGAGUACAGAGCAGGUGACUGCAUUCUGCCGGAGUCUCCAUGAGAUGAAUCCUUCCGUUGUUCCUCCUCCGUCUUCCUCCUCCCUCUCUCCCAGCCCGUCGAUGCCCCUGCCACCGGCGGCGGGCACUGCCAUCCAGCGACAGCUGUCACACGCUGACAAACUACGCAAAGUCAUCAGUGAACUGGUGGAGACUGAGAAGACAUACGUUAAAGUUAGUAGAGAGAGUGUGUGUGUUGGGUGGGUGUGUGUGUGGUGGGGAAACUCCUAGUUUCUAAGCUACACAAACAUGGAUCAAUGCAUACACCAACACAGUCACAACAGAACACUCACAACACACAACACAGUCACAACACAACAGUCACAACACAGUCACAACACAGUCACAACACAGUCACAACAGAACACUCACAACACACAACACACAACACAGUCACAACACAACACACAACACAGUCACAACACACAACACAGUCACAAUACACAACACAGUCACAAUACACAACACAGUCACAACACAACACAGUCACAACACAACACACAACACAGUCACAACACAACACAGUCACAACACAACACACAACACAGUCACAAUACACAACACAGUCACAACACAACACAGUCACAAUACACAACACAGUCACAACACAACACAGUCACAAUACACAACAGUCACAUCAUAGUCACAACACACAACACAGUCACAAUAAAGUCACAACACACAACACAGUCACAACACAUUAUGCACCCAAACCAAAACACACACACACUAAACCCUGUCUCCUCUCCCCUGCAGGACCUGAACUGUCUGAUAGAGCGCUACCUGACCCCUCUGCAGAAGGAGAGCUUCCUCACCCAGGAUGAGGUAGGGUCAGAGGGCAAAGGUCAAAGGUCAACUCAUAGACAUCCUGCAUGCUACUGGGUUAUCAUAACCGUAGAUCAGGUGGUAUUCAUUAUGGCGCACCGUAGCAAAAUGUAGCAAACCUAUUGGACAAGUUCCCGCUUGGAAUAAAGAUCACAAUCAAAUCAAAUGUUAUUUGUCACAUACACGUGUUUAGCAGAUGUUAUUGCGGGUGUAGCGAAACGCUUGUUGCUGGUUAUAAGAUAGUGAUCACAUGUGGACCGGUGGAAUAAAGAUCUCCAUGUUGCUGGUUAUAAGAUAUAUGUAGAUACUUCUUUGGAUAUGUUGACAUCACAAUAUCUUCAAUCCCCAAUGUGCAAAGAAAGCUCGUUAACGGUUGCUAUGCUAUCUCUUCCAGCUAGAUGUCCUGUUUGGUAACCUAGGAGAGAUGCUGGAGUUCCAGGUUGAGUUCCUGAAGACUCUAGAAGAUGGGACCAGACUGGUAGCUGACCUAGACAGGCUGGAGAGAGUAGAACAGUUUAAGGUACAAUCACAUUUUCCCAUAAGGCCUUUGGUCUAAAGUUGUGCACUAUGUAGGGAACAGGACGCCAUUUAGGACGCGAAAAAAAAACAGAUUGCCUCACUACUUUGAAUCCUAUUGAUAACGUGUGUUGUAUAACCUGCCUAUCUAAGGGAAAUAUAAAAGAUGGCUUUCCUCUCUAGAUUUCGUAUUAUUUUAGAGUAAAUGGGAUUUCGUACUCUACAUACUCCUUUCUCCAGAAAGUGCUGUUCUCUCUGGGUGGAUCGUUCCUGUACUACGCUGACCGCUUUAAGAUCUACAGUGCUUUCUGUGCCAGCCACACCAAGGUCCCCAAGGUCCUGGCCAAAGGUACAAUACAUAGUCAACUGUAUUAUAUAUUAGUACUGCAUAGUAGCACAUACAACCAUCGGUGCCAUAGCUAGCGGGUUGUUUUAAGAUCUACAGUGGCACACCAAGGUCCCCAAGGUCCUGGCCAAAGGUACAGGACUCCUUGCUCGUGCUGAAAAACAACAAUAUUAUAUUGUACAGUUCUUUCACAUUCUCUCUCAUCUAACGCUAUGGGGGGGGGGGGGGGGGGGGGACGUUUCAUGGCCAUGUCCUCGUUGUGGAUAAUGAUCCUUUCUGUACUGCAUGUGGUCCAGCUAAGACAGACGCAGACUUCAAGGCGUUCCUAGCAGAGAGGAACCCUAAACAGCAGCACUCCUCCACCCUGGAGUCCUACCUGAUCAAACCCAUCCAGAGAGUCCUGAAGUACCCACUGCUACUGAGAGAGCUGUACUCACUGACUGACCCUGAGAGUGAAGAACACUAUCACCUGAAUGGUAAGGAGGGAGGUCUGGAUGGAGGGAGGGAGGAAGGGAGAGAGAGAGGGUGGGGUUGGGUGUGUGUGAGUCCUGAAGGACCCACUGCUGCUGAGGGAGAUGUACUCAGUCACCGACCCAGACAGAGGAUCACCAACAUCUACUUCUAUGUGAUGGUGAACGACAUGGAAGAGUGUGUGUGUGUGUGUGAUUGAAUGUGUGUGUGUGUGUGUGAUGGUGUUGCGUGCAUCGUGUUGUCACGGUUUGUAACAUCUGCUUUCCUCCUCGUCUUCCUCAGUUGCGAUGAAGGCCAUGAACAAGGUGGCCAGUCACAUCAAUGAGAUGCAGAAGCUUCAUGAGGAGUAUGGAGCAGUGUUCGACCAGCUCAUCAAUGAACAGACUGCAGACAAGAAGGAGGUAAUCAUCCCCAUCAUCACAAUAGUCAUAAAUACUGGGCUCCCGAGUGGCGCAGCGGUCUAAGGUCACUGCAUCUCAGUGCUUGAGGCGUCACUACAGACCCCCUGGUUCGAUUCCAGGCUGUAUCACAAUCCGGACGUGAUUGGGAGUCCCAUAGGGCGGCGCACAAUUGGCCCGGGUUUGGCCGGUGUAGGCCGUCAUUGUAAAUAAGAAUUUGUUCUUAACUGACUUGCCUAGUUAAAUAAAGGUUAAAUAAAAUAAAAAAUUAAAAGUCUAUUUCUAUGGUUUAGCUUAUUUUUAACACAUAUUCAUGAUUAUUAGUCCUUAAAACAAUAAUGUAUUAUUUCUAUGUAAAUCGCAGAUUUUCACCUUCUAACAAAAUUAUAUUAUUAUUAAAAUAUAUCCUAAUGUAAGUCUUGAAUGCCAUAUCCACUAGGAUUUCCAUUCGAGUUGUUCUAAUUGAUCCAUCUCUGUGUGCUUGUCUCAGGUGACUGACCUGUCCAUGGGAGAUCUUCUCCUCCACUCCACCGUGGUGUGGAUCAAUCCUCCAGCCUCCCUGGUCAAGGGCAAAAAGGACCCUGAGCUGGCUACCUUCGGUGGGGUACACUCCUACUAGACACUGGGGAUCCAUAUAGGGCCUAUUACUAAGGGUCUCCUUCUUAAGGCCUUUGCAGUCUGUACCAUUUUAACCGUCUUAUGCCACCAUCUUGCCGUCUCAUACAACAUGUUCACGUCGUGGUCAAAUUCUCAGGUCGUAAAACGAGUGUCGGACGUCUUGGCUCGUUCAGUGUGACAGGGUCUAGGUCUGCCGAUUUUAGUACAUUUACAUUUACAUUUUAGUCAUUUAGCAGACGCUCUUAUCCAGAGCGACUUACAGGUACCACUACGUGCGGUCGUAGGCUGACAGUGCCUUUAUCGUGUAGUGUAGCUGGUGUUAUGAGCCGAUCCCGGUGACUGACAAAUAGAUCCCGGUGACUGACAAAUAGAUCCAGGUGACUUACCAAUAGAUCCUGGUGACUUACCAAUAGAUCCCUGUGACUGACAAAUAGAUCCCGGUGACUGACAAAUAGAUCCCGGUGUCAUAGAUAUGGUGUCAUUUCACGGGGCACUGAAUAAUACAGUGUUGCUGUGAUCAAACAGUGCCUGGACACUCUAUGGUACAAACAGCCCUGAACAGGAAAAACUAUAGAUUGUGUGUCCUUAAAACCAGGUUCCAGUCUACUCACUAGAGUCCCUAGAAUACAAAAACAGGUGAAUUUGAACAAAAGGUCAUAGGAAGCUUUAUGUUGACGUUUGAACGGUGGGACACACGUUAGCGCCAUUGGACAGCUACCAUUUUAGAAUGUUGUCAGCCUAUCGCCAGCCUCUGACAUCAUAAUACGUGGCCUAAAAAUGUAGUCAUGUGAUUUCAUAUUGUUCUCUUUUUAAGGCCAACGUAAAGAGAGAACAUUCCUACCUUUCUCUCGAAUAAAACCGUUAAAUAACCAGUAGGGGUUUCUACUAACAUAUUAUGUUCUUGACGUUCAUUUACUUAAGCUCCAACCAUUUCUCAAUGUGCUCAACCUUUUAUAAUAUUAUUUAUUUAAUAUAAAGUAAAAUUCUCUUUAGAUUAUUCCCCCCAUGUAGUUAUAUACACUGAGUGUACAAAACAUUAAGAACACCUGCUCUUUCCAUGACAGACUGACCAGAAUGAAUCCAGGUGAAAGCUAUGAUCCCUUAUUGAUGUCACUUGUUAAAUCCACUUCAAUCAGUGUAGAUGAAGGGGAGGAGACAGGUUAAAGAAGGAUUUUUAAGACUUGAGACAUUUGAGACAUAGAUGGUGUAUGUGUGCCAUUCAGAGGGUGAAUGGGCAAGACAAAAUAUUUAAAUGCCUUUGAACGGGGUGUGGUAGUAGGUGCCAGGUGCACCGGUUUGAGUGUCAAGAACUGCAACACUGCUGGGUUUUUCACGUUCAACAGUUUCAUGUGUGUAUCAAGAAUGGUCCACCACCCAAAAGACAUCCAGCCAACUUGACACAACUGUGGGAAGCAUUGAGUCAACAUGGGCCAGCAUCCCUGUGGAACGCUUUCGACACCUUGUAGAGUCCAUGUCCUGACGAAUUGAGGCUGUUCUGAGGGCAAAAGGGGAGGUGCAACUCAAUAUUGUGAAGGUGUUCUUAAUGUUUUGUACACUCAGUGUAUAUUUUUGUACAUAAUUUUAACAUUAUGCACUCUGCAAAACUGCAAAAAAUAUUGAUUUCGUAUCAUACACAUAACGUUUUACAGCUGACUUUUAUUUUGAAGGCAAAUCCAAAAACCAGAAGUCUUAAACGUGGAUAGGAUCCAGCUAGUGUUGCUGACACAUGCCCAGAUGUUGACGUGGCCCACGUCUGCUGACAUAGCCUCACAAGCCAAUCGCAGAAUGUGACUGCAAAACGGAAGCAAAUCGUACAAUCUGGCCAGGUUGAUAUCAAGAUCUUAAUUUAUUAGGGAACACCGCGCUGUGUGACGUGAUGAUCGUAAAAGAAUAAAUCCGAUGUACAGUCUGCAAAGGCCUUUAAUAAUGAAAUAACAUUAUCUCAAAGUAGUGAGAAAGGCUCGAGAGAGAGAGAGAGAGAGAGAGAGAGAGAGAGAGAGAGAGAGAGAGAGAGAGAGAGAGAGAGAGAGAGAGAGAGAGAGAGAGAAGAGAGAGAGAGUAUUUGAUUCCCUGCUGAUUUUGUAAGUUUGCCACUGACAAAGCAAUGAUCAGUCUAUAAUUUUAAUGGUAGGUUUAUUUGAACAGUGAGAGACAGAAUAACAAAACAAAAAUCCAGAAAAACGCAUGUCAAAAAUGUUAUAAAUUGAUUUGCAUUUUAAUGAGGGAAAUAAGUAUUUGACCCCUCUGCAAAACAUGACUUAGUACUUGGUGGCAAAACCCUUCUCUUAGGGUUAUGUAUUAGCGGUUAGGCUUAUCUUAGGGUUAUGUGUUAGUGGUUAGGCUUCUCUUAGGGUUAUGUGUUAGUGGUUAGUCUUCUCUUAGGGUUAUGUGUUAGUGGUUAGUCUUCUCUUAGGGUUAUGUGUUAGCGGUUAGGCUUAUCUUAGGGUUAUGUGUUAGUGGUUAGUCUUCUCUUAGGGUUAUGUGUUAGUGGUUAGUCUUCUCUUAGGGUUAUGUGUUAGUGGUUAGUCUUCUCUUAGGGUUAUGUGUUAGUGGUUAGUCUUCUCUUAGGGUUAUGUGUUAGUGGUUAGUCUUCUCUUAGGGUUAUGUGUUAGUGGUUAGCGGUUAGGCUUCUCUUAGGGUUAUGUGUUAGUGGCUUCUGCAAGGGAGAUUUUCUCAAAUGCUAACCCCUAAAAGCAUUCAUGUUGUUCAUAAAUCUUCUUUAGUAAAUGCUUUAAAAUGUGGUAUGAAAUUAAAAAAGCUCUUCUAAUGCUCUUCCCGUUCCUCCCCUCCCCCCUCUCUCUCUCUCUCCAUCUCUCCCUCCUCUUUGUCUCCUUCUCUCCCCAGUGUUCAAGACAGCGGUGGUGUUUGUAUACAGAGAUCGCUCCAAGCAGAGGAAGAAGCUUGUGAGUGCUCCUUUGCCCGUUACUUUACUGCUGGGGGCCUGGGGUUCCCAGAGGGGCUUUUAAAAGGGGAGAAGGCUUUUAGUUUUGAACAGGCACAAUGAGGUCACCCGCAGAGUGGAUCUAGGUUAACGCUACUCUUAUGUCUUCAUGUGAAAGUAAAAGGUUGUGUAAUUUGGCUUUCUGUCCACUCCAUAAAGUAGAGGGGAACUGUUUUCUUAGAUACAGUCUCGUUAAACACACACUUGCCUGUAGCAAUGCUUGCUCUAAAACAGUGUGUGUGUGUGUGUGUGUGUUUGUUUUUCAGGGAGGGUCUCAUCGUGCUUCCGUGUCAGAUGACAGAGAUCCGUUCCGUUUCCGUCACAUGAUCUCAACAGACGCCCUACAAGUCCGCGCCAUCACAAGUAUAUCUUCUUAACCCCCUCUUUCUCUUCCUCUAACCUCCUCCCUCCACAUUCUCUGUUUCUAACCUCCUCCCUCCACAUUUCCUCUACCUCCUCCCUCCACAUUUCCUCUACCUCCUCCCUCCACAUUUCCUCUACCUCCUCCCUCCACAUUUCCUCUACCCUCCUCCCUCCACAUUUCCUCUACCUCCUCCCUCCACAUUUCCUCUACCUCCUCCCUCCACAUUUCUGCGUUCCUCUCUGCACUCCUUCCUCUUACCCUCUGUUAGAGGCCUUCCGAAAUGGACAUGGGGCUUCCACAUCCGCACCCGAUAUGCAUGAAUUGAUUAUUUUUUUAGUAUACAGACCCCGUUCCGAUUGGACACGAGGACAACUAGAUCCGUUCCGUAUAGACCUGGUCGGAUCCAGAUCCGGGUCCGAUCCUGAGUGAGGGAAGCAGCAGAAAAGUAAUUGUUUAAGCUACUUUAUUUAGCGGAGCUGAUAAAGCGCGAGAGGAGGGAGAGAGAGGUGGCGCUCUAGUUUGGCGGGGAGGGAGGGGCCAUACUGUGAGGGAGUGACACAGGGAGGAGGGAGGGAGCAGGGAGCCAACCAAGCCGACUCGCGCUACAGUAGACUAAUAGCUGCCUUGGUUAUUUAUCAUCAAAUAUGAUUACGUGGUACCUGUCUUGACUGCAUCAAACCGGGAGAAGCUAGUUAAGCUAGCUAACGUUAGCUAGCUGGGCUAAUUGAGGCUGCAGUGCAUGCGCUUUCUCAUCCUACAGUUACAAAUAACUCCAUUCAGAAUACCUGUUGUCUCUUGGUCGUUGAAGCCUAUCCUACUCCUUUAACUUUUAAUUCCAUCAUUAGAUAUCUCCUCUCUCGGGUAUUCGGGUACAGGUGGAUCCGUGUAGACCUCUAUCCUCCAUACUUAAGCCUUCCUCUUACUGUCCUUGUCCCUGUCCCCUCCUUCCUCUUACUGUCCUUGUCCCUGUCCCCUCCUUCCUUUUACCUGUCCCUGUCCCUGUCCCCUCCUUCCUCUUACUGUCCCUGUCCCUGUCCCCUCCUUCCUUUUACCUGUCCUACUCCAUCCAUCAUUCUGCCUCUCAUCUCUCUACCUCUCCUUCUUCCACUAGAUAGUAGGGAUUUAAGGCAACGUUGAUAACUCUCUCUCUCUCUCUCUCUCUCUCUCUCGCUCUCGCUCUCGCUCUCUCUCUCGCUCUCUCUCUCUCGCUUUCUGUUCUCUCUCGCUCGCUGCUCUCUGCUCUCUCUUUCUCCUUCCCUCCCUCCCUCUCUCCCUCUCUUUCUCUCCUUGCUAGACUCCGAGGGUACAGCGGUAUGUGAGAUAGUUCACGUGAGGUCAGAGUCUGAGGGGAGACCAGAGAGAACCUUUCACCUGUGCUGCAGGUGAGCUCUGACAUCACAACUGGGUGGCUGACGUCAUGCCGAGAACACAUUUGAAAUACAUAUCUGUUCAAACAUAUAGCUAUUUUCAAUUAAAUGAAACAUAUUCAUGUAUAAAUUCAAUAAAAUACAGAAAAACACAUAUUGCAGCGCCAUUACAUAUGUGUGUGUUUACAUGAAUGUGUGUUUUGUGUGUGUGUUUACAUGAAUGUGUGUGCUUGUGUGUGUGUUUACAUGAAUGUGUGUGCUUGUGUGUGUGUUUACAUGAAUGUGUGUUUUGUGUGUGUGUGUUUACAUGAACGUGUGUUUUGUGUGUUUACAUGAAUGUGUGUUUUGUGUGGUUAUGUGUGUUUACAUGAAUGUGUGUUGUGUGUGUGUGUCUAAUAUAUAUUUGUGUGUGUGUGUGUGUGUGUGUGUGUGUGUGUGUGUGCGUGCGUGCAUGUCCAAGUGUGUCUAAUAUACUUGGGUGUAUGUUUCUAAUAUAUUUUGUGUGUAUGUGUCUCUAACGUGUCCCUGUCCCUGACCCCAGUUCUGUGGACAGUAAGAAGGACUUAUUGAAGGCAGUCCACCUCAUCCUGAGAGAUAAACAACGACGUCAGCUGAUGAAGACUGACUCUCUACCCCCCAACCAGCAGUACGUCCCCUUCGGAGGCAAACGCCUCUGUAACCUGAAGGGAAACAGACCAGCCAUGAACAGAGCAGGUAGAUGAUGCCUCUGUAACCUGAAGGGAAACAGACUAGCCAUGAAUCAAAUCAAAUCAAAUCAAAUUGUAUUGGUCACAUGCGCCGAAUACAACAGGUGCAGACAUUACAGUGAAAUGCUUACUUACAGCCCUUAACCAACAGUGCAUUUAUUUUUAACAAAAAAAGUAAAAAUAAAACAACAACAAAAAAAGUGUUGAGAAAAAAAGAGCAGAAGUCAAAUAAAAUAACAGUAGGGAGGCUAUAUAUACAGGGGGGUACCGGUGCAGAGUCAAUGUGCGGGGGCACCGGCUAGUUGAGAGAGUUGAAGUAAUAUGUACAUGUGGGUAGAGUUAAAGUGACUAUGCAUAAAUAAUUAACAGAGUAGCAGCAGCGUAAAAAGGAUGGGGUGGGGGGGCAGUGCAAAUAGUCCGGGUAGCCAUGAUUAGCUGCAUUUUCAUUUGUUUAUGUACUUUGGUGUACUAACUCUCUCAUCUCUCUCUCCUCUCUCCCUUUCUCUCUCUCCUCUCUCCUUCUCCUUCUCUCUCUCCUCUCUCAUUCUCUCUCUCCUCUCUCCCUCAUCUGUCCUUCUCUCUCGCUCUCCUCCCUCUAUCUUCUCUCUCCUCUCCUCUCCUCUCAUCUCUCUCGUCUCUCUCUCCCUCUCUCUCAUCUCUCUCCCCUCUCUCAUCUCUCUUCUGUCCCUCUCUCCCUCUCUCUCAUCUCUCGCCUGUCCCUCUCUCCCUCUCUCUCAUAUCUCUCCCUCUCUCUCUCUCCCCUCUCCCCCCUCUCUCUCCUCUUCCCCCUCUUCCUCUCUCUUCCCUGUCCCCCUUCUCUCCUUCCUCUCAUCUCUCUUCCCGCCCUCCUCCCCUCCUCUCCUCUCCUCUCCUGUCCCUCUCCAUCUCUCUCACUGUCCCUCUCUCCCUCCUCUCCCUUCCCCUCUCCUUCCUCUCCCUCUCCUCUCUCUCUCUCUCCCCUCUCUCCAUCUCUCUCCUUCCCCCUCUCCCCCUCUCUCUCUCUCUCUCCCCCUCUCUCAUCUCUCUCCUGUCCCCCUCUCCCUCUCUCUCACUCUCUCCCCUCUCAUCUCUCCUCCUUUCCCUCUUUCCCCUCUCUCCAUCUCUCUCUUCUCCUUUCCCUCUUUCAUUCCCCCUCUCAUCUCCUCCUUACCCUCUCCCUCUCCCUCAUCUCUCUCCCCCUCUCUCAUCUCUCUCCUGCCCCCUCUCCCCCUCUCUCAUCUCUCUCCCCCUCUCUCAUCUCUCUCCUGUCCCCCUCUCCCUCUCUCUCAUCUCUCUCCCCUCUCAUCUCUCUCCUCUCCCUCUUUCCCUCUCUCCCAUCUCUCUCCUGUCCCUCUUUCCCUCUCUCCCAUCUCUCUCCUGUCCCUCUCUCCCUCUCUCUCCUGUCCCUCUUUCCCUCUCUCCCAUCUCUCUCCUGUCCCUCUCUCCUGUCUCUCUCUCCCAUCUCUCUCCUGUCCCUCUCUCCCUCUCUCUCCUGUCCCUCUCUCCCUCUCUCCCAUCUCUCUCCUGCCCCUCUCUCCCCUCUCAUCUCUCUCCUGUCUCUCUCUCCCAUCUCUAUCUCAUCUCUCUCCCUCCCUCUAGUCUCAGCCCCGUCUCGGACCCUUGGUCGCAGGAAGCUCGUUAGGAACCGAUUAACCAUUGACACCGACCUCGUUCUCCAUGGCAACCAUGAAGACUCUGACUCUAACUCCUCCCACUCCACCCAUGACUAUUCCCACCAGCCUCAACCUUCCCAUAACCCCCUGCUUCCUACCCAGAAGCCUCAGCAGCGGACGCUGUUGGCGACUGGAGGCGACACGGACCGCUGGGUGGAGGAACAGUUCGACCUGGAUUGCUACGUCGACCAGGGAGGAGUGACGGGGGAAGAGAGGAGGAUGGAGGGAAGGAUGGAGGGAGGGAUGGAGGGAAGGAUGGAGGGAGGGAUGGAGGUGAAAGAGACUGAUAUUCUGAGCGACGAUGACGAGUACUGUAAGUCAGUCAGGGCUUCAUCAGCCGAACCCAGCCUACUAGAGGAGAGGAAAGAGGGAGUGGUGGAGGAGGAGGAUGAGGAGGAGGAGAGGAGCCAAGACCAGGACAGAGGGGUAGAAGAGGAGGAGGAAGAUGUGGAGGGAAAGAAAGAUGAGAGGAGACAGAACGGAGAGUUGGAGGAAGAGAGGAGGAGCUCCCAGGGUGUUCUCCAAGAGGACGAGGGGGGUGAAAGGAGUAAGGUACAGGUAGACUCUGACUCCCCCUCUAAAGACAAUGCCUCCCCCGUCCCUCCCACCUCACGGUCCCCCGCCCCCCCGGUGAAGCUCACACCCCUAAGGAAGCAAUGGGCCACGGAGGGCGUGGCCGGGAAGCAGUGUUCCGUGGAGGGAGUGGCCGAGAAGGACCACUGUGAUGUCAUCUGGGUGCGACGCGAAGACUACGCCAAUGGAGGGAACAACGACAUCUUCUGA